UACAAAUCAGUUUUUGGCGGUACGCGCACCGAGACGGUUCAUUUACGCAGCGGUAAAAGCAAAAACGUUCACUGCAAGAAAUAAGCUGACUGCUGCGAAACUCGUGUGCGUAAAAUUUGGCGCGUCAAGCGAAAGUCGAGCUAACUAAGUUGAAAAAAUCUCUAUAACAAGUUAUUUGUGGAAAAUAAAAAAUAAGAAAAUGUAUUAAGCUGUGGGCUAAAAAGCACAGUUAGGGACUGUUAGGGACAUUUAGGCAAAUAAUAGUGAUUAACAGCGAAAGAAGUGAUUUGGUGUUUGUUGAGUGAUGGCAGCCACGCCUACAAUUGUGUUUGAAAACGGCACCAUGCUGGGCGCCAUGAGCGAGCAGAGGAAACUACAGCCGCCUCUAAUGUCCAACACAUCGAACACAUUUGUCAUACCGGAAAUUGUGAUUAGCGGCAGCCACAGCAGCAACAGCCUCCAUCGCAGUCGCCCUGACAUUGAUGCAGCCCAUCCGAAUGCCAAUGAGGAAAUGGCAGCCGAAUGCACUGCGCUGCUGGAGCAGCAGCAUCAACACCAGCAGCAGCUGCAGGGCGCCGAGGAGGACACCGAAUUUGAGCAGUUCAUAUUGAAUCGCACCACAUCCGAGAGCAACAUGCUCGAGUCGAGCAUUUACAGUGAGCUGCAGUUUACGUCCACCACCGCCGGCAUGGCUGCCAACGCACCACCGUCCACGACGCUCAAUACGAGCGCCUGCUCCCGUUCUGAGUCGCGGCAGAGCAAGCGCACGCGCCGCAAAUCCCACAGCAAGAGCAACAAGAGCAAAUGCAGCAACAAUGCGGCAGUUGCAGCUACUGGCGCUGGCGCCGCAGUUGCAGCAAACGGUGCGCCACCUGUUGGCAGCUAUCCGCCGCAAUAUACGGCCAUAUUUCUGGAUCAUCAUCUCAAUCAUCAUCAUCAUGCCGCAGCAGCGGCCGCCAAUGCCAUGGCCAAUGCGGCGGCCACAUCGCCGUUCCUCAACGCGAAUCCGGAGAGCGCCGCCAACUAUUUGCAAUAUCAUCAGUACUAUCAGCAGCGGCCCAUGGGCAUGGCUCAUCCGCAUCUGCGCAGAACGCUUCUGGACGUGGCUGUGCCGCUGGCCGGCGGCAGCGGCGAUGUUGCCAGCCCUUUGGCCAGCAACAACCUGAACAUCUCGGCCGUUGCCGGCACAAAUGGCGCUCCGGAGGGCGCCGAGCUGGGCGGCGCUCCGCUGGGCUACAGUUUUCGCAAAUGGUUUGCGCGGCCCUCGCUGCCGUUUGUCAUCGGGAUCUUUGCGCUGGGCGGCGUGGCCUGCACACUGGGCGGCAUUGUGCUGGGCUCCACGGGCCUGAUAGAGCACUCCACGCAAUAUCUGAGCGCGGCGCUGCUGAUGAUUGGCAUCGGCGUCUCGCUGCUGGUCAUUUCGGGCGCCAUUUGGCGUCUCAGCUUGCCCGACGAUGUCGACGAUUGCCCCUGCUUCCGGCGCAUGGAGACCUGCCGCAACUGCAACAGUCCGCACUGCACGAAUCGCCUGCUGCCGGGCAGCUAUCUCUAUCCGGAGUUUCAGCAUCGGCCGCCGCCGCCCUCGUAUCUGACCUCGCUGAAUGAAUACGCCUUCGUCUAUCAUCCGAGCGCCCAUCCCCCGCAGGCGGCCUAUGCCGCCGUCCGCAUGAACACGCCGCCGCCGCUCUACCGCUCCACCUAUUCCCUGAACACUUCGGGCACACACAUGCUGUCCGCAGGCAUCUCGCUGCCGCCUACAAGCGAGCAGGCCGCAGAGGAUCCCUUGACGGUGCUGUGCACACGCGAGGCCAUCAGCCAGACAUCCUUCAAGGAGCUGGAGAUCGAUGAGAUACACGAGGAUCAGGCGGCAAUGCCGCUGACGCGCGAGGCGGAGAGCCAAACGCUCUUCAAGGAGGUGGAACUCGACUAGAAGGCAAAACGAAUCUCUUAAGCAGAUUAGCUAAACAAUUACGUGUGUGUGUGUACUGUGUGGGUUUUCCUCUCAAGAUCCUUGACUGAUUUAUAUCAUACACAAGCUCCAUAUACAUAUAUAUAUAUAUAUAUACAUACAUAUUCAGUUGCGUAUCUUCAACAUAUGAAAACUGUACAAAUUUAUUUUAGAUAUUCUAGUUUUAAAAGUUGUCCUUCUCAAGCAUAAAAAACUUAGUGAAAUUUAAGUGUAUAUAAUUUAUGCAUAAAUAUACAUACAUAGUUUUAUAAAUGAACGUCCUAAUUUUAUACCUAAAGAAACUAUAUACAUAUAUAUAAACAUAGAUUAGUAUUUACAUAUGCGCGAUGCUACGUGCAACAGAUGUUUUCAGUUUUAGCCAAAUGCUCUACGCUGCGGCUUUUAUAUGUUAUGUUGAUCAUAGUCCAAAUGCCAAAUUUAAUAAUAAAUGUCUUUAAAUGGCCUAAAUGUGAAA